AUGGUCAGAGCUCGUGUUUCUACUGGAACCGCGGUGGCGAGAGUAGGCAAAAAGACGACCGCCGUCGAUAGCAAAAAGUCUCGUAUGCCAAGUACAACUAACGCCCUCGCUUCUAAGUCACGUGGACGAAGGUUUAACACCGAAGGUGUAGUCUCGUCGAUCGGAAAACGGAAAAAGCAGGACGCGCUCAAUGAAGCAGAAUAUGUUCCUAGCGAUGAAGAACAAGAUGACUUCGAUUCUGUUUCCAAUGCCGCCACUGUCGAUGCGAGAAGUGCCGCGAGUCAAGAUAUGACGGAACUACUUGGUCUUCUUCAGAGUACUUUCAUUAAUCAUCACAUAGUUCAUGGUGCAAUUCUGACAAGUCACAUGGAUAAAUCAAGUAAAUUUUUCGUAGAUAAAAAGAACAAGUCUAAUUCGCGUUUCAACAAAUUUGAACAAGAACAAGAAGCACGAAUUCAGGAGACGAGGGAUAUGAUUUAUGGAGAUUCUGGGAUUGUUAGCAGCUGGGAAAUCGAAAUGGAAAAUAUCAUCAUCAAUUUGAAGAGAAAGGCAGACGAAAAAAUCGAACGAGAGGAUGAAUUUAUCAAAAAACUGAAGCUUGGAUUUGAGAAAUAUCAAUCAUCUGCCACCAAAACUCUGGAUGAUCUCACGAAAUUUUAUGCGCGAACACAGAGGGCUCGCCGAGAAUUUGACAAUGAAAUAAAGCAACUUUACAUUGUUGACGAAACCGAAUUAAAUGAGGCCUUGGAAAACUUUAUGAAGAGUCAAAGACAUGCACGCAGAUCUUUGUUAAGCACCAACAAGGUAGAUGAAAUUUCAUUAAGAUCGCGUGAAGUCCCUGUAUCUAACUUAUAUUUUAAAAAGGAAAUUCACGAUGUGAUGGAACUCAAGAAGCAAUUGGCGGGAUAA